UGAAGCCGAAUCUGAAAAUAACAGUUCUAUUAACCCAAAGUCGACUGUGGAUGUGGAAAUAAAAAUGCCAGGACUUCUGACGUGUGAGACCUGCAACGAAUUUAGUUGCACCGAAGCUACGCAGAUGAUUUUAGUUCUAGAUAUAGACAACGAUCAAGAACAUAGCAUAGACGGUCCAAAUUUAAUUGCCAUCGGUGACUAUGCCCAAAUAACUUGUCGUGGUUCUCGUUAUAAUUACACCGACGUGGUGUGGACGGAGAAGGACUAUGAAAAUUUAGAAUCCAUGCCAGAUAAAAUAAACGUUAGUCAAACUUCUACGAAAUUCUCAAAGCUGUCGAUACUUGAAAUAUUUGAUGCGAGUUACAAUGAUACUGGAGUUUACACCUGCACAUUUUAUAACAAGAGUGGAAAUGCUAGGAUGAUGAAUUACACGAUAACUGUACGAGAAGGUGUAGCCCCGUGUAUCACUUCAAAAAGUCAUUGGUUCGAAGAAGUAUUACUGGAAGAAACAGGCGAUGAUUUUCCAGACAGUAUAAAAGUAUGGAACCUAAAGUGUACCGUGGAGGGCGUACCGAUUCCAAAAUUGUCAUGGUUCAAGGACGACAAACUCCUCACGACCAGUGACAAAUACAAUAUUUCAAGCGAUAAUUCGGAGCUUCACAUUAUAAACUUCGUCGAUUCAGAUAGUGGACUUUACUCUUGUCGAGCGGAAAAUCGUCUCAACAAGACUUCUAAAGAAUUUUAUUUGACACCGGAUGAAACCCCCACCACGACUCAUACAAUUUGGUUAAGCGCGAUUUGCGCUCUCAUUUUAACCAUCGUCGUGGUAAUUAUUUAUGUGGUUUUAAAAGUGAGGCACGAAAGGCACAUGAGAAAACAAUUACAUGCGGAUGGACUUACGUACUUUGAAAACGGAGCGGUAGAGUGUCUGAAUCCAGACUUGACCGUCGAUGACCAAGCCGAGUUACUGCCUUAUGAUAAAAAAUGGGAAUUUCCGAGGGAACGAUUGUUCAUUGGCAAGCAACUUGGGAGCGGUGCAUUUGGGGUGGUAAUGCAAGCGGAGGCACACGGAAUAUCCUACAAAGAGGAAGUUACGACCGUUGCAGUAAAAAUGAUUCGACGAUCGGCUGACCCAAGUUACAUGCGAGCGCUUUCUAGCGAACUUAAGAUUAUGACGUACCUUGGACAACACUUAAAUAUCGUUAAUCUACUCGGAGCUUGCACGAAAAAUAUAAUCAGCAAACGUGAACUAUUCGUUAUUGUGGAGUUUUGUCGUUUUGGAAACCUGCACAACUAUUUGCAGACUCACAGAUCCGGGUUCAUUGAUCAAAUCGAUCCGACCACCAAAAAAAUUAAUCCAAAUAUCGGAUGUGAGCUUUUAGCAAAAUCGAAGCUCGCUUCGAAAUCUCAAUUUUCUCAGAGCGUAAGCACAUCCUCGUCCACUAGUUAUGCUAGUGACAGCGGCAGUGAACUUUUGGAAGUCCAUCUUCAAGGUACCAACUCCGAAGAUAUAGGAUAUGGUUCCAACGGCAGCAGGAUAGUCACAACUGAUCCAUUCCAGCCUGGUUGGCGAUCGAAUUAUCGUGGUGACUAUAAAGAAAAAAAAGUCAGGCUAAUUUGUACUCAAGAUUUGGUCUGCUGGGCUUGGCAAGUUGCACGUGGCAUGGAAUAUCUCAGUUCUAGAAAUGUUUUACACGGUGAUCUGGCAGCGCGAAAUAUCCUCCUUGCCGACGAUAACAUCGUUAAGAUUUGCGACUUUGGAUUGGCCAAAAAUAUGUACAAAGAUGAUAAUUACAAAAAACGAGGAGAUGGUCCUUUGCCGAUAAAAUGGAUGGCCAUCGAAUCCAUCAGAGACAAAAUAUUUUCGAUUAAAUCUGAUGUCUGGUCCUUUGGAAUAGUCUUGUGGGAAUUUUUUACAUUGGCUCGUACUCCUUAUCCUGGUAUAGAGGUUGGAACACAGUAUGUGAAAUUAAUCGAUGGCUACCGCAUGGAAAAACCGAUCUAUGCAACACAACAGAUAUAUGAUUUGAUGUUACAUUGUUGGAUGGGAAAGCCCACUUUGCGACCCGCAUUUUCCGAGAUCGUUGAAAUGCUUGGCAUGUUAAUGAUCGAUGGAAUAAAAAUGCACUAUCUCGAACUCGACACUCCGUACAUGGACAUGAACAUCCAGGCCUUGCAAAAUGGAGAAAUCGAUUUUUUGAAAAUGAUGUCCCUUCCCAGUUGUGGUGACGACGAUCCUGACGCUACCUUGCAAGUCCUUCCGAAUUCGGCUUAUGUGCCGAUGGCUGCAGUAACGCCAAAGAUCGAUAGAACUAGAAAUUUGAGCACGCACCAUGAAGUUGACGAAUUUUCUAUUGAAACUUCUGAAACAAAAAAGUUAGCUGACUACACUUCAGAUACUAAAUCUUCGGCAACUUUAGGGGCUGAGAAUUCACCCGCAGAAUCUAUUAAAUCUCGCGAUGAGAACGUGCAAUCUAUAGAGCAGGAUAGAGUUCCAGACAUAACGGAAGCGGAAUUAGAGUAUUUCAAUUACAUGAAAUCUCUACAUCUCCCUACCGCGAAGAAAUCGCCAAAUCUAACGGACGCAAUAACUUCAAAUUCGAAACAACCUGCAGCGGUCAACUUGCAGGAGAAUAAAAAUAAUACCAACGCGUCCGCUUCCUCGUCUAAUAGCGAGGAGAACAAUUAUUACGUUAAUAUACCGCGAUCAAAAUCCAAACAACUUGAACCCCACGAAAAUGCUGUUACUAAUCGUUAUUAUGAGAUGACGUCUGAGUUGUGAAAAAGGAAUCAUUUUCACAUUAUGAUAUCGUAGUUUAAGUAUUUAUUAUUUCUACCGCAUUGUGGGAAUUAACCAAAUUAAAAAAUGUAUUUUUAUUUAUCAAAAGUAUUCCACACUUAUUCUCGUCUUCGUGCAAAUCAAUGUUACAUGAGCCAAUGAGAAAUGAUUCGCUUUCGCAAAAGACUUAUUAUUAGCUCACGAAAUAACAUUGUUCAACGGGCCUAUCUCCGUGAAAAAAAUUCUUAGUGAAAAAUAAAAAGAGGAUUCAGCAGCUGAUAGAAUAAUGUAUUUCUGAAUUGAAACCGAUUUUAUAGAUUAAAAAAAUCCGCCUGCCUCAUGCGUGGCUUUGAAAUUCUUCUCAAAAAAUGAUUUGCGCGCAUCGAUCGCUUUACGGAGUUGUGCCGAAGAAGAAAGAUGAAAAAAAUCAUUUUUUUUGCAUGCAUCUAAAAGCAAAAGGUUCAAGCUUUAAUUUGACUCCAAUUUCGUUCAUCUAGGUGCUUUUUUCACAAAGUUAUGAGGGUUUGAAAAUCAACUAUUUUCGCGCAGGAGUCGAGUCGUUGCUUUAAAUCUGACACACCCUUAUGAAUGAAUUAUGAAUGAACAGCAGCAGCCAAUCAGCGUUUACUACGAAUUCCGUAGUAGAAGGGUUACGAAAAAGGGUUGAACUAUGUAAGUCAAAUUUGCAAUGUCGUUAAUGUAGGUCAGUUGA